UUUGUAAACAAUUUUUGCAGCCGGUGGAUAUGGAACGUUUGGCCAGAAUUUUCUCCCAGCAGAACGAACUGAUAACCCUGAUUGGGGGCUACAAGGAUGAGUUCGAAACCUUUAAGUCACUGGCCUCCAUGCCGGCGGACACUCUGCAAAUAUUCCAGAAGCUGGCGCUCGAUUUGCUGCAGGAUUUGGAGCAACCGGUUGACAGGAAAGGAUGCGCAGAACGUUCGAGGAAUCUGCGCGAGGAGGGUAACCUUGUGUUCAAAGAGUCCGCAUCGGUAUCCUCCAAGGACUCGGUUCUGAAAGCAUGCAGGCUUUAUACGGCAGCCGUUUUCGAGGCUGAGAAUGCUGCGGAAGAGCUGUCGCUGGCGUUUGCCAACCGAGGAAUAGCUUUGCAGGAGUACGGGUACUACAGAGAAGCCUAUGACGACUGCGCCAAUGCGCUGGAGUGUGGAUACCCGGAAAGGCUGCGGCACAAGGUGAUCAUGCGGCAGGCCUACUGCGCCUGGAAGCUGAAGAAGAUCGCUUCGCUGGAGGAGCAUUUGGAACAUCUCGGGCAGCUGCAGCUUAAGGAGAACUUCAAGCAGCAGCUGGAAGAACUGAAGCAGAAACUGGAGCUGCUGAAGAACCAACCCAAAGAGCAGGAAACGCUAGCGAAAGUGGUGGAUAAAUCUCUAGGGAAAAUCCUAACAGAUCCUGGGCCGCGUGGUCGAUAUAUGGUGGCUAAGGAAGCGAUUAGCAAAGGCAACGUAAUCUUUUCAGAGCGCGCUUCCUGCUUUGUUCCACUGGAGCAACAGCUUAUUUGCCAGCAUUGCGCCGCCAGCUUAAUGAGCGCACCCAUACCCUGCCCCAAUUGCCAUCAGCGGGUCGUCUACUGCUCUAGAAAGUGUCGGGAUCCGCAAUCGGUCAUCCACAAAUUCGAGUGUGCCGCCUACAGAAAGGAUAUCCUCCGACUUUUGGGCAUUUCGCAUCUGGCCUUGCGAUUGCUUUUGACUUACAUUCCCUACAUAAUGCCUCAUUUGCAAGAGAUGACCAGUGCAAAGGGUAUGUGGAAAGAAAUUAUGAAUCUGUCCCGAAAACCGGAAGCAAGUGAAAACGCCCCAGAGUAUUUGCGAAGCCUGCGCAUGGUUAGUCAACUGGAUCAGGCUAACAAUGAAGAGGUUAAUUACCACAUCCUCUGUGUCAACCUCCUUCAACUUUACCUGAAAGAGCACACCGAUUUCUAUGAUCAGUUCCACUCAUUGCCAGCCAGCAUUGAAGAUUGGCAACUGAUUAUAUCAGCACUGAUUCUGCGAUUCUCCGGCCAGUUGCUGGCGAAUGGGCAUGUAGGCGAUGGGUUGCUCGGGGUUGGCAUGGAGCCAAAAGAGUUUGUCAUGCUGCAGCCGGAGUUGUGGCAAAAGCCUCGACACCUGAAACGCGGACAGCUGCACAAUCUAUCUCAUUCGGAUCCUAUCACGGCUGUCAAUCUGCCCUACUUGAGCUUGUGCAACCACGCCUGCGAACCCUCGAUUCGCACCAAGUUCGAUGGAUGUUCCGUGGUGAACUACGCUGCAAAGGACAUUCUAGAUGGCGAGGAGAUCUCCAAUUGCUAUACGAAUGAUUACAGAACCAGUUUAAAGCUACAUCGAGCUCGUCCCCUCAAGGACAUCUACAAAUUUGAGUGCACAUGCGCUAAGUGCACACGAACUGAUCCCGACCAGAACUAUCUUUCUUUCCAUCGUUAUCGCUGCGAAAAGCCCAACUGCCGACAAGAAUUUCUGCCAGACGCCAAAGUUCAGCAGAAUAAUCUGCGCUGGUGGCUGAGAUCCAAUGCAGAGAAACCGAUUACUUGCACGGCGUGCCAGGAGCUUCAACAUUUCGCCUGGUACAAUGAGUUCCUUGAACUCAUCGGCAGCAGUGCCGAUUCGUCAAGAAGGCAGGCGCUGUUCAAGGCAUUCGAUGAUUUAGACAAGUGGCUUGUGGAUCACCACAGCUUAAAACGAAUUAUGGCCGAGGAACUGGUAACAGCCUGUUUUUAUGAGAUAGAUGGGGGCACUUCACUGAAUGACUCUGAGUAUGAAGAUCUGGCGAGGAUUAUCCGCAAACAGCUGGAAGGCACUGCUGCGCAGUGUGGCGAUAACUCCACGGAAUACAUUGCUCGCAUGACCUAUUUGUGGGAUAUCAUAGCCCAGAAGAAAUGCCGCACCGACAAAAAGGAACUGCUAGAGAUGAAAGGUAAGGUGGAUUAUCUGGCUAGCGAGCAUCGCGAGGUUUUCUUGAACUAUUACAACGAUUUUAUUGAGCAAUAAUGUAAAUAACGAUAUACACGUAUUAAAUUCACUAGUUUCGAGCUACAAGCAUUAAA